AUGGAAGAGGAACACAAUGAUCACACAUUGCUUGUAUCACAAGCAAUCAAGUGCCUUCCAAGAUAUUUAGUGGGGAUGACUUCUCCUUUAGAAGAAUUGGAAGAACAUGUAUUUUUGGAUUUGGCUAAUGAUGUUGGGGUUUUAGGAAUUUGCGGGAUGAGAGGAAUAGGGAAAUCAACUCUUGCUGCUGUUUUAUAUGACAGAAUCUUUCAUGAAUUUGAAGCAUGUUGUGUUAUCGAUGAUGUGGGCAAAAUUUAUAGAGUCAAUGGCCCAAUUGGUGCACAAAAGCAAAUUCUACAUCAAACACUAAAGGAAGAACACCUUCGGGUAAGCAAUCCUUAUGAAGCAACUAUUUUGAUACGAAGCAGGAUGCUUCAUUUAAAGGCCCUUGUAAUUCUUGAUAAUGUUGAUCGGAUUGAACAACUGGAGAAAUUAGCCGUAAAUCGUGAAUGUUUUGCUGCAGGGAGUAGAAUCAUUAUAAUUUCUAGAUAUGAGCACAUCUUAAAAGAGUAUGGACUGGAUGCAGUUUACAAAGUUCCACUCUUGAAUCAAACUAAUUCUCUUCAAUUAUUAUUCUAUCAAAAAGUUUUCAAAUGUGCUGAUAUUACUAGUUAUUAUGAACAAUUGGCGUGUGACAUGCUACAUUAUGCAAAUGGCAGGCCUCUAGCUAUUAAAAAAAUAUUGGGUUCAUUUUUGUUUACCCUACAUAUCUCUCAAUGGAUAAAUGUAUUGAUUAGAUUGAGAGAAAGUCCAAACAAUGAUAUUAUAGAUGUGCUACAGUCAAUGUACCGAUACCCACUACAACAUCCUAUGUAUCAGUAUCAGUACAAUGAAUGGCGACCCUGUCGCGGUCAAACCAACCAGUUGUGCCGUGAAGGAUCAGCCUGGUGGUGA